AUGGCUCGCCUGAGCCGAGACGCGGACAUGAGCGCAGGAGGCGCAUGGCGUUGGGCGGAUGGCGAUCACCAGAGCAGGGGGGAGAGGAAAGUGAGGACGAUCGCGAUAGGAGGCGCGCGCAGUGCUCGCCUGCACGGCAGCGGACGGAGGAGAGGGAAGCGCGUGUUAAGGGCAGUGAGUGUUCGCAGUACGCCACGGCCGCGCGGACGCGAUUUUGCAGCGUUUUCGCAUCGCCACCGCUGCGCGGCCGUCGCUUCCGCCCUCGCGCCUAACGGCGCCCUGCUACCGUCGCUUCCGCCCUCGCGCUUAACGGCGCUUCCCCCUACGCACUCGCUUCCUCCUCCCUCGGGCCAUCCAGCCCUCCUCCCCCUUCCCCCUCGCUUCCUCCUCCUUCGGGCCAUCCGGCCCUCCUCCCCCUUCCCCCUAGCUUCCUCCUCCCUCGGGCCAUCCAGCCCUCCUCCCACUUCCCCCUCGCUUCCUCCUCCCUCGGGCCAUCCGGCCCUCCUCCCCCUUCCCCCUCGCUUCCUCCUCCUUCGGGCCAUCCGGCCCUCCUCCCCCUUCCCCCUCGCUUCCUCCUCCUUCGGGCCAUCCGGCCCUCCUCCCCCUUCCCCCUCGCUUCCUCCUCCCUCGAGCCAUCCAGCCCUCCUCCCCCUUCCCCCUCGCUUCCUCCUCCUUCGGGCCAUCCAGCCCUCCUCCCCCUUCCCCCUCGCUUCCUCCUCCUUCGGGCCAUCCAGCCCUCCUCCCCCUUCCCCCUCGCUUCCUCCUCCUUCGGGCCAUCCAGCCCUCCUCCCCCUUCCCCCUCGCUUCCUCCUCCUUCGGGCCAUCCAGCCCUCCUCCCCCUUCCCCCUCGCUUCCUCCUCCUUCGGGCCAUCCAGCCCUCCUCCCCCUUCCCCCUCGCUUCCUCCUCCUUCGGGCCAUCCAGCCCUCCUCCCCCUUCCCCCUCGCUUCCUCCUCCUUCGGGCCAUCCAGCCCUCCCCCCCCCUUCCCCCUCGCUUCCUCCUCCCUCUGGCCAUCCAGCCCUCCUCCCCCUCCCCCCUCGCUUCCUCCUCCCUCGGGCCAUCCAGCCCUCCUCCCCCUUCCCCCUCGCUUCCUCCUCCUUCGGGCCAUCCAGCCCUCCUCCCCCUUCCCCCUCGCUUCCUCCUCCUUCGGGCCAUCCAGCCCUCCCCCCCCUUCCCCCUCGCUUCCUCCUCCUUCGGGCCAUCCAGCCCUCCUCCCACUUCCCCCUCGCUUCCUCCUCCCUCGGGCCAUCCAGCCCUCCUCCCCCUUCCCCCUCGCUUCCUCCUCCUUCGGGCCAUCCAGCCCUCCUCCCCCUUCCCCCUCGCUUCCUCCUCCUUCGGGCCAUCCAGCCCUCCUCCCCCUUCCCCCUCGCUUCCUCCUCCUUCGGGCCAUCCAGCCUUCCUCCCCCUUCCCCCUCGCUUCCUCCUCCUUCGGGCCAUCCAGCCCUCCUCCCCCUCCCCCCUCGCUUCCUCCUCCCUCGGGCCAUCCAGCACUCCCCCCCCCCUUCCCCCUCGCUUCCUCCUCCUUCGGGCCAUCCAGCCCUCCUCCCCCUUCCCCCUCACUUCCUCCUCCCUCGGGCCAUCGAGCCCUCCUCCCCCUUCCCCCUCGCUUCCCCCCCGCAGCCCUCCCGCUGCCGUCGCCGUCCCCCUUAGCCGCCGCAGCCCUCCCGCUGCCGCUGCCGUCUCCCUUCGCAGCCGCGGCUCUCCCGCUGCCGCCGCCAUCCCCCUUCCGCCGCCGCAGCUCUCCCGCUGCCGCCGCCAUCCCCCUUCCGCCGCCGCAACCCUCCCGCUGCCGCCGCCGUUCCCCUUCCGCCGCCGCAGCCCUCCCGCUGCCGCCGCCGUCCCCCUUCGCAGCCGCAGCCCUCCCGCUGCCGUCGCCGUCCCCCUUAGCCGCCGCAGCCCUCUCGCUGCCGCUGCCGUCUCCCUUCGCAGCCGCGGCUCUCCCGCUGCCGCCGCCAUCCCCCUUCCACCGCCGCAGCUCUCCCGCUGCCGCCGCCGUCUCCCUUCGCCGCCGCAGCCCUCCCGUUGCCGCUGCCGUCCCCCUUCCGCCGCCGCAGCUCUCCCGCUGCCGCCGCCGUUCCCCUUCCGCCGCCGCAGCUCUCCCGCUGCCACCGCCGUUCCCCUUCCGCCGCCGCAGCCCUCCCGCUGCCGCCGCUGUUCCCCUUCCGCCGCCGCAGCCCUCCCGCUGCCGCCGCCGUCCCCCUUCGCAGCCGCAGCCCUCCCGUUGCCGCUGCCGUCCCCCUUCCGCCGCCGCAGCUCUCCCGCUGCCGCCGCCGUUCCCCUUCCGCCGCCGCAGCUCUCCCGCUGCCGCCGCCGUUCCCCUUCCGCCGCCGCAGCUCUCCCGCUGCCGCCGCCAUCCCCCUUCCGCCGCCGCAGCUCUCCCGCUGCCGCCGCCGUCUCCCUUCGCCGCCGCAGCCCUCCCGUUGCCACUGCCGUCCCCCUUCCGCCGCCGCAGCUCUCCCGCUGCCGCCGCCGUUCCCCUUCCGCCGCCGCAGCUCUCCCGCUGCCGCCGCCGUUCCCCUUCCGCCGCCGCAGCUCUCCCGCUGCCGCCGCCGUUCCCCUUCCGCCGCCGCAGCCCUCCCGCUGCCGCCGCCGUCCCCCUUCGCAGCCGCAGCCCUCCCGCUGCCGUCGCCGUCCCCCUUAG